UUAACGUCUUUUCUGUCCGGAAGAAACUUCAGCUUCUCCUGGGCAGAGCAACAGUCAAGAAAUCAUAAAGGACUACAAAUGGACUGGUUCCAUUGUAACCAGUGCUUCACAAAGACAGCGUCGAAGUUUGCCGUGUCCAACUGUGGCCACAUCUGCUGUGAAGCGUGUAUUAAGUCUAAGCAGUGCAGCAUAUGUGGAGCCAGCUGCAGUUAUCUGGCCAUCACUGAUGAGAUGAAGCCACAGGAGAAAGUGUUUUUCAAGGACCCUGUGAAGCUCAUCCAGUCACGGCUGGAACAUGUAUCACAGAUUGCGAUCUUUCAGCAGACACAGAUGGAGGGAGUCACAGCACACUUCAAGCGCAAAUCUGCUGAAUUGGAAAGGCGUCUAAAGGAAGUCACCGAGCAGGGUUACAGGCAACUCUCAGAGCUGAAGAGAGAGAACGCUGACUUAAAGAAGCAGCUUUCAGUGCUCAGACGAGAAACUGCAGAGUUAAAAAAGCCACUUUCUCAGAGGAGGGUUUCUCCAGGACAGUUUCAAACUGAAGGCACUCAGAGGAUGUCCCUCCCCGUGGCUGUCACCUCCCCAGUUACCCCUCGUCAAAGACCUGUGAGUCAUAUAGGCUCAGCAGAGCCUCACAGGUGGGCCAGAGACAGAGGUCCGACCUUCAACCUGCAUACUCCUGGAUCAGCUAUGUCUAUUUCCAGCCACAGUUCUCUUCAUGAAUACAGAACACCCACAUCCUUCAGCACUCCUACAAGAACACAGACUCCUAAUGUUUUCCAGUUCCAGUAUAUGGGUGGAUUGCCAGUGCAGUCUCCUAGACAUUGAUUUGUCACUUACACUUCUGGGAACAAGUUUGUUACUUAUGGAGUCUUAGAUUUGUUUAUUAGGACCCAAACCGUGUAGGAGAUAAAGCUUUUUUGCCCAGAAACCUAAAGUGUCUUGUACAUUGAUUUACCUACAUGGAUGCUAAAUUGAUAUUACCAUGGCAUUCUGCUGUUGAGAAAUUAAAUUGCCAUAUAAUUGUAGCUAAUUUGUGGUAAUGUAUUAUUUUGAGAAAAACAUUUUAACAGCAAUUUAUCUUCGAGGUAUUUCUGAAGAUUAAUUUCACAGCCACUUGCCUUUGCUCACAUGGAUUAAAAAUAAACAGCAACUGUAACCAGCCGGGUUCUGUACAGCACACUGAAAUAACUGUCCGCAUACACGGUUAUAAAGGCAAAUCUUUUACUGGUUUCCAGUGACACAAUUGUGCAAAUGAGAAUUUUUUUUCAGACAGGAAAAAAAACACAUUAAAAAUAUCGGCAAAGGAAGACACUACGUGUUAUGGACAUUUCCCCACAGCAUGACACAUUUCGCAUUAGCUUUUCAUGACUAACAGGAUGACGAAACAAAGUGAUGCACACUGCUUGGACAAGUUUCUGGUCAUCUAACCUUUGUCCAGACAUUUCUAAGGAAAUAAACUCUAAUCCCACUUCACCCUUUGUAUGUCAGCUAAAAAGUACUUUAGAGUGUGGAGGUUCUCUUCUUGCAAACACAGCUAUGUAGGAAGUAACUAAUAAAUACAUGAACUGAUAACAAAAAAGUAUAAUGUUUGUGCUAUAAAUCAUAUGUAAGUUGACAAAGUAGUAAUUUUCUUUGGAUUUGAAUCCUUUGCUACGUAUACAGUACGUGGGCCCCCAUCAGUUAUCUUAACUAGUUGUCUACAUUAAAAACCAUGAGGUCACACCCUAUACCUAUUAAGACAAAAGAAAUAUAAAAAUACUGACUUAAUCGAUGAGCAUGUAGGCAAUUCUGACAUCUGUAUGAUUUUGAUGUGGUUACUGCUUCUUAGCACUGUCAGCCUUUAUGCAAAUAUGUAAUAUGCAAACAACAAGCAAAGUAUUCAAAUAGUAAGUCAAGUAUUACAGCAGAGCAUCUAAAAGGGAAUCGGGGAAUGCAUUUCUGAAAUACACUGUAGACAUGAGAUGUAACGAUAUUUUCUGUAACAUGUUUUUGAAAGAGCAUGAUCGUAACAAUAGGCUUAAGUUAGCAAGAAUGACCCAUGUAUAGCUAAGAAUCCAUGUUUCGUGAAAUGAAUGGAUUUUUUGUGAAGUUACUGGAUGUAAUUAACGUAAUGGCAGCAGGCUCUAAAACCAAAGUGCAAGAUGUCAGUUCAAAGUGUGCAUGUCCAGUGUGCUUUUCAUGACAAGGUAUUAUUGGCUGUUGAAGGAAUGAUUACACGCAGCGAUCACUCAACAAAUUCAUCAAUGUAGAGAUUUUUUACGGAGCAGUGAAGUAUCUGCUAUAGCCAGGUACCAAAAGUACAACCAGUUUAAAUUAUACUGCUACAAUAGCAUACUGAAAAAUCUGUAGUAGUGAUAUCUAAACAAAAAUAAUGAGCUCAAAAAAAUAUAGCAGACCAGUGUACAGGUUACUGUCCUAUUUACAGCAACACAGGCAGCACAGUUAUAAUUCAAGUCCAAAUAUAUUGGGAUAAGCAGGGAAUGCAGCAUAUAUAAAAAAACACAAACCUCACUUUGGGCUUGUAUUGGGAAGACUGAAAGUUACAAACCUGCCUCAAUUAAAGCAAUAUAAACCAAAGACAUGAGGAGACCCCACCAACUUUUAAAAAUGUCCUUAAGUAACAAUAGGUUCUUCGUCAGUCUCCCCAACAUCCUGAGCUGCAAACCAAUCCCGCACCUGCUGGUAGCUCAUUCUGGAUUUCUUGCAUAGAGAGUCAAGGUCUUUUUCAUGUAGUGAACCUGUUGAAUGAUAAUAUGAUAUUAAUGGCUGGAUGUCAGGGCAAUCGGCACUUCCGUUUGCUUGAGAUUUUCGUUUGCGACCCCCAACCCGAGGGACUGUGCCACUUCCAUUUGGUAAACCACUGCCACUUUGCUGAGCGGCAAGUUCUGCCAAGAACUGGUCACGGACCCCCUUCACCCAGCGCAGCUGGCCGUUUUUGACAGCAUACCGCGUGUCUCCAAACCAUUGGAUUACAUCUGCCCGAGGUAAACCUGUGAGCUUAACAAGUUCAGUGUAAUCUUCGCUUUUGGGCCACUGGCAGCGCAAGAAGUGCUGCUUUAA